AUGCAUGAACCUCGACCAGAUUUUGAUACCAUUCAGACUUCUCUUCGAAUUCUCAAUGUAGCAAAAUCCUCCUAUCCCGCCAUCACUCUCCUGGUCUUUGUUCUGGCCUUUGUCAUAUAUGGCAUUAGAACAUCUCCCAACAAUGGAGACAAGGUUCAAAUACAUGCCAUGCUAGGUCCAGGCGGCCGACCAUUACCAACUCGCCGAAAAUCCGCCAAUCAAAUCAAAGCCGCCGCCGCCAUCAAGGAUUUCCCUCACGGAACAAAAACAUUUCUCAGGCUCCUUCAAGCAGGCGUCGUCCUCACCUUCCUUGUCAAUGCUGGCAUUGCUAUUUUCCAGGUUUUGUUGAAUCGGAAGGAUGACUGGUGGCCCGGUGAAAGCGCUGUGAUUUUCAUUGUCGCCUCCAGCUUCGUAUGGUCCAUCGUGUUGAUAUCUAUGAUUGAUCAGAAACCGUCACCGACUCCGGCUCAUUUCGUCACGUGGUUGGUGGCCCUUCCGCUUGAGGUGCUCAUCGUCGUCACAAGCCUUGAGGUCUACACUGUGCCCCACAAUGAGCCACGUGUUGGCGAUCAGCAAGGUGGACGAUACCGAGGUGCAAUUACUGGGUGGGAGACUAUCGAGGUAAUCAUUAAUUUGAUUCGCAUCGUCCUGCUACUCGGCCUCUCGAUUAUCUUCAUCACGGUCAAAAUCAAUUUACGACGACCCAAGGAUUCUGAGGGUAACGUUGACGAUGAGAGAACUCCACUGCUCAAUGGUAAUGCCGAAAAUGGAUCCGGCGCAAACGGUCACGCCGCCGCUGGUACGCAUCCUACCCCGGCACCAGAGUCGAAAGAAAACGUGGAUGCUUGGGCGAAGCCGACAGAGGCCCCCAAUAUCACUUGGUAUGCGUACAUCCGAGGCUUUGUGCUACUGAUCCCGUAUCUGUGGCCCAAGAAAUCAGCCAAGCUGCAGCUGUUGGCUGGAAGUUGUUUCCUCAUCAUGGUUGGCCAACGAGUUAUCAACGUCUUCGUCCCCAUCAUGGUCGGAAGGAUCACCAAUGCCUUGUCAGGUGACGACAGCAAAGGUGUCAGGGCCCCCUGGCUCGACAUUUCCUUGUAUAUCCUGUUUAGGUGGCUCCAAGGUUCACAAGGAAUUCUCACGGCUCUUCGGUCGAUCCUGUGGAUCCCAGUCGAACAGUACUCGUACCGUGCGAUCUCCACAGCAGCAUUCGAACACGUUCAUGGUCUCAGUGCGGAAUUCCAUACCGGAAAACGGACUGGCGAAUUGAUAUCUGCCUUAAACAAAGGUAGCUCCAUCAACUCUUUUCUCGAAAUGGUCACUUUCCAGGUCGGCCCCAUGGUAUUCGACCUUGUCAUCGCCAUCGUUUUCCUUACCAUCAACUUCGACAUCUAUCUAGGUCUGGUCGUUGCGAUCGUUACCUUUCUUUAUAUCUACGUUACAAUUCGCCUUGCAUCAUGGCGAGUCACUCUACGGCGCAAUUUUGUUGCGGCUGAUCGAGAAAUGGAAGCCGUCAAAAACGAUUCCCUCCAUUCGUGGGAUACCGUCAAAUACUUCAAUGCCGAGGAAUAUGAAUUUGGUCGUUACAAGAAUGCUAUCAAGACGAUGCAGAAGUUUGAGUACUGGGUUGAUGUAACACUCUCUUACAUGAACACCGUUCAAGGUGCUCUGUUCAUGGUUGCACUGCUGGUUGCAUGCUUCAUCGAAGCUUUCGAGGUUGCACAAGGUCAACAAUCCGUCGGCAAAUUUGUUAUGCUCAUCACAUACAUGGCUCAACUCCAAGGUCCUCUCAACUAUUUUGGUACUUUCUAUCGCGCCAUUCAGAACAAUCUCAUCAACGCUGAAAGGAUGCUGGAACUGUUCAAAGAACAACCUCAUGUGAUUGACCGCGAAACUGCCGAGGUCAUGGAUGACUGCGAUGGUGAUAUAGUAUUUGACAACGUGUCCUUCAGCUAUGAUAAACGCAGACCAGCAUUGAAUCACCUCAGCUUCCGAUGUCCACCAGGAACGACUACAGCACUUGUUGGUGAGUCUGGUGGUGGAAAGAGCACUGUCAUGAGGCUCAUCUUCCGCUAUUACAACCCUGAAGCAGGUCAAAUCAGAGUUGAUGGAAAGGAUGUUCAAGACAUCACAAUCGACUCACUUCGCAAGUUCAUUGGAGUGGUCCCCCAAGACUGCAACAUGUUCAAUGAGUCCAUCAUGUACAAUUUGCGUUACGCGAACCAAAACGCGACAGAUGAAGACAUCUUCAACGCAUGCAGGGCAGCCUCGAUCCAUGACCGAAUUAUGGAAUUCUCUGAUGGUUAUGACACCAAAGUUGGGGAACGAGGCGUGCGACUCUCUGGAGGAGAACGUCAGCGAGUGGCGAUUGCGAGGACUAUUCUCAAAAACCCUCGGAUUACCAUGCUUGAUGAAGCAACCGCGGCUCUCGAUACCGAAACUGAAGAGAAGAUUCAGAAAUCCUUCCAAACCCUUGCAGAAGGACGCACCAUGGUCAUCAUCGCCCAUCGCCUUAGCACUAUCGUCGGUGCCGAUCAGAUCCUCGUGCUGAAUCACGGCACUGUGGUGGAAAGUGGUACUCAUGAUGAACUAAUCGCCCUGGGUCAAAAGUAUGCGAGCAUGUGGCGCAAGCAAUCGAGGGCCCAAAAAGCCGCAGCCGAGGCCGCAGAAUUGCGCACUCGAGCCAAAAAGGCGCUGGAAGAAGCUGAGGCUGAUAGUGCCAGCGUCAGCGAAGAGGAGAUUGAACAGGCCAAGCGGCGAGAGCAGAGCUUGGGUUUCACCAAAAGCCAUAAACGGGUGAAUUUCUCUCAGAGCAGUAAUUUGAGAACCUGGUUGGCCGAUGACCAUGACCAUGAUGACUCGAGAUCCGAGACCUCUCAGGCUGGCGGUGCCCCUGGUGCUGGUGUCGGUCCACAUGGUCAUUCGAGCAAGCCACCUGGACACCCUUGA